AUGUCUCGCGCUCUUCUCAUAACCGGCGCAACUGGCAAACAAGGGGGCGCCGUCAUCAACGCUCUUCUCGCUCGACAGCCCUCAGACUUUCUCCUUCUCGCGGUCACACGAAAUGCUCAAUCUGCCUCUGCUCAGCGCUUAGCCGCCAAAUCCGACAGAAUCAAAAUAGUUGAAGGCGACCUCGACGCGACGCCAGCACUCUUCGCCUCUGCCAAAGCUGCUGCUGGAUCCGUCCCGUUAUGGGGCGUGUUCUCCGUGCAAGCCCUCCAAUCCAGCAAGAAGUCGGAGGACGAAACGAGGCAAGGCAAAGCUUUGGUCGAUGAGUCGGUCAAGGCGGGCGUUGAGCAUUUUGUGUACAGCAGCGUGGAACGUGGUGGCGACGAGAGAUCGUGGAGUAAUCCCACGCCAGUCCCACACUUCAUCACAAAGCAUAAGAUUGAGCAUCACUUGCGCGACGCCACGGCGGAUGGCAAGAGUCCUAUGGGUUGGACAAUUCUUCGUCCGGUUAUCUUUAUGGACAAUCUUCAGCCGGGCUUCUUCGGCAAGGUUUUCUUUACCACGUUACGCGAUACAAUGAAGGAAAAGCCCUUACAGUGGAUUGCGACUAGCGAUAUCGGCUACUUCGCCGCGGAAGCUUUCCAUGACCCGGCGACAUGGAACAAGAGAGCUUUCGGGCUGGCUGGAGAUGAACUGACCUACGCGCAGUUGAGUCAGACGUUUGAGAAGGUCACUGGUAGUCCCGCCGGAACGACUCUUGGUGUACUUGGAAAGGCGCUGAAACAUGGAGUUUCUGAAGUUGGGGUAAUGAUAGACUGGUUUAAGAACGACGGCUACAAGGCAAAGACUCUAGAGUGCAAGAGAAUCCACCCAGGAGUGACGAGUAUGGAGGAUUGGUUGAGAAAAAGCGCUUUUGUCAAGAAGCCAUAA